GUUUAGUUGUAAAACACAACAGUAGACGAGACACAAGAGUUACUAGAGACUGCAAGUUAUAACAAAAUGUGGAAAUUUAGCUUCACGACCAUAAUACUAGCCGCUUUGCUGACGGCGCGCUUGUGCAACGGCGAGUGCAAUGUUUGCAACGACAACGGCGCUGCCUGCAUAACAAAUACCACCUUUCAGCUAUGCUUUAGCGGCGUAGCACAGGGUGACGUAUAUUCCUGCCCGAAUGCCGGUCAAGUUUGCACCAAUUUGGGUGCGAUUUGUCUCGAUUCCGCGAGCAGUACAAGUAUUCAAGCCGAUUGUGGCAACACAGAACAAUGUGGACUCUGCACUGGUGUUGCAGAUGGCAGUUACGCAUGCACCAGCCACACCACUUUUGUCAUGUGUCAAGGUGAAGAGCCCUCAAGCAUAACUGCCACCUGUCCCAGCGAUAACGUUUGCUUAACUUCCCGUGCGAAUGAAGGUGUAAGUCCUUGUGCUAGUCAGUGUUUGACAAAUAUUGCCGAUAUGUGCGAUAUUACAUCUCCGGAUGCCACAACUGUCACGCCCACAACGGUCACAACUGAGACGGCCAGUACACAAACAGCCUCGACUGUAACAACGACAACUGCCGCCUCCACAACUGAGAGUAGUUCCAGUGCAGGCACGACUGCAAGUGUGGAGGAAACUGUGUGUGGUAGUCAAACUGCAGUAGGUCGCUACCCGAAUCCGAAUGACGCCACAUGUCGAACUUAUAUCUACUGCAGUAUGCGUUCAACUGGUAGUUUAGGUGGUAUUCUGAUGACUUGCCCGGGCUCAACAUACUUUAAUUCGAGUGCAAUUGAAUGUCAAGCUGCUCUGCCAUCGGGUUGUACUUACUGGCGCCCGUUUUUCGCUGUGUAUGUUAUCAUACCGAUACUCCACGAAAGCGCCGCGACUUGUUACAAUUGCAAUAGUAAUGGCGUCGCCUGCGCCAGCAACAACACAUUUCAUCUUUGCUUCGGCGGUUUGCCAAAUUUAGGCGAAGAAUUCAGCUGCCCGAAUGAGGAUGAGGUCUGCACCGCACUGGGCCCAGUUUGUAUGGAUCCCAGCAGUAAUCCUAAUAUAGCAGCCGCCUGCGGCAAUACCAAGCAAUGCGGUCAGUGCGCCGAUGUUAUGGAUGGUGGCUUCACUUGCACCAGCCGGACCACAUUCACUAUGUGCAUGGGAUAUGCGCUGACCGAUAUACGCGCGUCCUGUCCCACCGGUCAAGUAUGUCGCACAUCGGUGGCGCAGACCGGUAGUGUGCCGUGCGUAAAUGAAUGCCUAACGGAUUCAAAUGAUAUGUGUGAUGUAAGUGUGGCUGUAGAUGCGCCACCAAGCAGUGAGUCAGCUGGAACAACUGUAAUUAUACAACCCACACCGCCAGCGGAGACAACUACAACAACCGCAAUCAUACAACCUACACCUGCAAUAAACACAACUACAACACAACUAGGGACCACCGCAGAACCGUCUGCUACUUCUACUACAGUUUCAACAAAUGAUGCAACAAGUGUGGCACCUACGACCAGUCCAUCACCAGUGGAGUUCUGUGCAAGUCAAACACUUGUUGGCCGUUAUUCGAAUCCCGCUGACAACAGUUGUACCACCUACUUGUAUUGCUCAAGCUCUGGUUCUGGCUCGGGCCUUACUGCGCACAUAAUGCAGUGUCCUGUUGGGAAAUUUUUUAAUGCGGAAAUAAGAAGCUGUCAAUCUGUUAAAGCAAAUGACUGUGUUUGA